UGUUCCAACUUUCAGUACUUGAUUAGUGAUUCGGUCGUAUGGUUUCUUGGGUCGGCCGAACUUAAUAAAACUCCGUGCUUGUUCACGUAAGAAUAGCACCACAUGCUUCCCGCUCAACUGCAACACACCGUGACUCCGACUUCAAUUUAAUUUUGCAGUUGGCAACAUUUAAAGAAAUCCUUUUGCAGUAAAUUUGAGUUGUGCAACAGAGUUACAAAACAUAAUAUGAUUUUGUAUUCAUCGCCACAAAUUGUUCUAGCUGUCCUGAUAACAACAGUCAGCAUAUUCGCUCCAAUACAUGCAUCUCCAAUUGGAUGGGAUUUUGCUGUAACGCUGAAGAGCAAGAUCCUGUUCCUGGACAGGAACAUGCUGACAGUUGCCUCGGCAGCCCACGAAUAUGAUGAGCUAUCGGCAUUGGCAUUCGAUGAGGCCGAGGAGAUGAUCUACUUCAACGAUCAACAGCAUCAGAAUGGCAGCAUCUUCUCGCUGAGACGUGAUCCAAGGGCUGCCUCUCACAUCGUGGAACAGGCUGUGCAGCGUACGGGCAACGAAUCGGUAGCCGGAUUAGCCUACGAUCCACUGAACCGUAAUCUUUUCUGGGCUGACAUGGAUCAACACAAGAUCUUUUUCGCCAGCAUCGAUACGAUGUACACGGAUCCGCCCAUGGUGCUGGUGGAUCUCAGUGCGGAGGGAGGACGUCCCGAUGGAGUUGCUGUGGACAUUUGCCGACGCCAGUUGUACUGGACUAACUGCAAGGUCAAUAAUGCCAGCGUGGAGCGCAUCGGAUUGGAUGGCACGGGGCGUGUGAAAAUCGUUAAGGAUGAUAUUGAUAUGCCACGUGGCAUUGUGGUGGAUCAGCUAACGGAUCGCCUUUUCUGGAUCGACGACAAGAAUGGCAUCUUCUUUGCCGUGGAAAGUUCACGUCUCGAUGGCAGUGAUCGUCAGUUGGUAGUUAAGGAUAAACACCAGGAACCCAUUCAGUUGGCAAUUAACGACAACGACAUCUACUGGACAGACAAGUCGGACAAAGCAGUCUAUAGUUAUCCCAAGCCAAGCUACACAUCAACUUCGAAUACCACACAGAUCCUUGAUGAUACACAGCCUCAGCCCGCAAUCAAAAAGCUGGCCAUCUGGAAAGAGGAUAUAUAUGGCAUUGUUGCCCGCACGGGAUUCUAUCAGCGACUCCAGAAGGAUGAGCACUGCACGGGCGUCGUUAAGAAGAUUAAACAGCGCCUGGACUUAAAUAUGAACAGGGCACGUAAUCAAAUCUCUGACGAGGAGGAUAAAUUGGAAAAGGAGCAUUGUCUUAAUGGUGGCAGUUUCGAGAAGAAUCGUAAAUUUUGCAUCUGCCCGUUGGGAUUCAAGGGAGCCCGUUGUGAGAUUUCCGAGUGCCACAAUUUCUGUGUGCAUGGCACCUGCGAAAUCUCUCAGAUGGGAUUCCCUAAAUGCUAUUGCCAGCCGGACUUUUAUGGUGAACGCUGCGAGUACUACAAGUGCAACGGCUAUUGCCUCAAUAAUGGCCACUGCACGCUGGACAAGGAUAGCGGAGAUAUGGGCUGUGAGUGCCAUAAGGAUUUCAGUGGAUCACGCUGUGAAUUCAAUACAACGGAGAGCUGCAUCGGCUACUGUCAACUGUUGAGACAACAGCCGGAGACUGAAGUACCCGAAAAUUGUUAUAAUAUCUGCGAGGAAAUGAACAGCAAUGGCACAAGUAUAGCCGUAUACCAGCGUCCUGCUCCACUUUGUGGCUCCCCCCGUGCCUAUACGAGCAAUGUGAUCAUUGUGCUGGUUGGCGGAAUCGUGGCGAGUUUAUCGCUGGUGGCAUUGAUUGUUCAUGGGCUUCGCCUGCUGUACAAACCGAAGCGACCCCACAUCAAGAAGACCUUUGUGGUUCGCAAACAGGCGCGACACAAUUCUUCCAGCGACACGCCCCUAACGAACCGCCCACUAGCCACCGAGCAGUGCGAGAUCACGAUUGAGAACUGCUGCAACAUGAAUAUCUGUGAAACGCCAUGCUUUGAUCCAAAACUGGUGGAGCAAACAUUCUCAGCGAGGGAUAAAAAAGCGUCAAAGGAUAAAAAGGAGGAUAAAAAGAUACUUAUACAUAAUGUGGAUGAUGAUCUCAUGUCCUAGGCACCUGCCUAUUAUGAAUACCCGUCAUUGUCGAGCAUGGAUAGGAGGUAUGCGAGCUUUAAAAGCUGCUGCCGCCCCGGCUCGUUGAUCAGGUGCUUUACCAAAGCUCAAACAAAAGUUAUAGAAGAAUUCAUACACACACACUCACACAAACACAAACACACACACACACACAAACAAGCUGAGAGAAAGAGAAGGACACACACACAUACUUAAUGCAACAGUGUACUUAUCAAUCUUUUGAUUAGUCUGGUCUCAUUAAUUUAUUUCAAGAAUUUUUAAAGCCGGAUAACAAUUUUCAUUUGACGGGUUGUUUUUAUAUCAUUCAUGUAGACGCUUAAAAUGUAUAUUGUUACGGCAUUUGGCAAUGAAAGUUAUGAAAUUCAAAGAAAUGUCAUACGACUGACGUUAGCUUUAAAACACUUACAUAGGUACAUACAAAUUUAGAUACAUAAAACCCAUACAUACACAGAUAAAUCCAUGAAUGAUCGCCUAAUGCGCAAUAAAGGCCGAAAUUGUGAUUCAUAAAUCGGUUGAACUGUUGUAAAUAGUUUAAAAUGAAUUGUAUAAAAAUAUAACAAUUAAAUCGCUGUUAAAAUCUAUGUAUAUCUGUUCACAUAGUUCCUUUAAUUUGUAACUGAUUUUGUAUAUAUACAAAUGCUUGAAUAAUAUAUAUUUUAACUGCUCCUUUUUGUUCAACAUUAAAUACGUCAUGACAUAUGACACUGCCAAGCCCUACAACUACAACUAGUUCGCACCAAAAUUGCCUUUGUACUUAAAAUUAAUUUUUUUUUGUUUUCCGGGAAAAAAAAGAAACGCAUAAAACAAAAGCUAGAGCGAAUGAAAUUUGUAAAUAGGUGUAAAUUAGAUUUUUAGUUUUAGAUCUAAGACACACUGGUUGAAUAAUAAAGAGAACGUACCUUGCAGUUUAAAUAAUAAAAUGAAUUUGUUAGCACAAUUUAA